CUUCCUGGUGCCCCUCCUGCGCCUGCAGGUUUAGAGAAGCCCUAUAUUCCGUUUCCAGAUUUCCCAAUAACUCUCAAGGUCCUGGUUGCCCACCUUCCUAACAGCAGAGAAUAAGCUCAGGAGAAAGUCCUAUGUUUUCAGGUUAAGGGAGGGUAUUUGAAUAAAUGCUUUCCAUUUCUGGAGGUUAUAGCCCAACGGCCUCUCCUUCAGAAUAGAAUUCAUCCCUCCCAUAUUCUGGGAUUCUUUCUUAGGGUUUCCUCUUACCCUCCACAAAGUAAUUUAUAAUCGUUAGUGGUGACACAAAUGCCACGCAACCUCACCCACAAUAUGUAUGAGACUCGGUUGACUUAAAACCAGGCUCACAAGGAGAGAAAGUUAAUGCUAAGGCGUCUAAGUGGGUGUGGGUAGUUGUGCCUUACAGAGUAGUGGCUGGGGCACAGGCUGCCUCUUCCAUCCCCUCAGUGUCCAGGUGGUCCCAAAGGAUUUAUUGGCAGAGUGACUCAGGGAGAACCUGGUUUAGAUUCAAUAACUCAAGGCACACUUCCCUUUUUAAGAGGAAAAACAGAGCAGUACAGGUGUCCCCAACAGACAGAUCAAACAGGUCAAACGGGUAAGAUGGAGAUACCCUUUACCAUGACUGAUUCUAGACUAGUCUCAGUUGGGCCACUUUCUCGUUUGCCAGGCUGAGGCACUCAGUCUCUGAGUGGCCAGGUCUUGUCCUGUGCCACUCAGGGAUGUCUGCACCUGACUCUAAUUGAGUGUUCAGUCCCCCAGAGUGUUUACUGGAGAGGCCCUGUUCUUAACUGACUGCCGGCCUGCCAGGCUUUGUGAGACAACUCAAAGAAGAUACUCUUCUAGUCACACCAUAGGAUCCAUACCACCUACCUACCUCUGUGGAGAGAUUUCAGAGCAAGAGGCUCAGGGCAGCCGCAGUUCCUUCAAGGGGUCAGCAGCAUCAGUCCAGAGGCACAGACCGCACAAAGGGAGAGUCCCCUCCAAGAAUUCCUCUCCCAGUCCCCAGUGUGGAUGUGUGAGCCCGGAUGAACCGCUGCCAACUGCUCCAUCGGUGGGGAACCAGUUGUGUCUGCACAGGACUCUAUGCUUUUGUAAGAACGGCAGAAAAUGGACAAAUCCCAGGGGUCACUGUCAUUUGGGGAUGUGACUGUGGACUUCUCCUGGGAGGAGUGGCAGUGCCUGAACCCUGCUCAGAGGACCCUGUACAGGGACGUGAUGCUGGAGAACUACCACAGCUUUGUCUCAUUGGGGUUUCUCAUUAACAAGCCAGAGGUGAUCUUCAGAUUGGAGGAAGGGGAAGAGCCAUGGAUAGUAAAGGAAGAAUUUCUGUACCAGAACUACCCAGAAGACAACAAAGCUCAUUACCUAACAGAGAGAAUCCAGGAAAACCAAGACAAAUAUUUGCCACAAGUUGCAUUUAAGAACAAAACACUGGCCUCAGAAAAAGUUCAUGCUUUAAGACAACCAUCUAAUAUGAGUGCAAACUUUGUUCCUUCAAGAAAAAUGUCCUGUAAAUACGACUUACAUGGAGCAGACGUUAACGUGCAUCAGAGAACUCACACGGGAGAGAAGCGCUUUCAAUGUAAUGAAUGUGGUAAAACUUUCUAUCGGCAGUCAGAAGUUAAUGUACAUCAGAGAACUCACACAGGAGAGAAGCCCUUUCAGUGUAAUGAAUGUGGUAAAACUUUCUAUCGACAGUCCGAUGUCAAUGCACAUCAGAGAAUUCACACAGGAGAGAAACCUUAUAAAUGUAACGAAUGUGGGAAAUCUUUUUACGAGAAGUCAUCCCUCACUCGACAUGAGAGAACUCACACGGGAGAAAAACCCUAUGAAUGCCAGGAGUGUAGGAGAACUUUCUGCCAGAGGUCAGCCCUCACUCAACAUCAGAGAACUCACACGGGAGAUAGACCCUUUCAUUGUAAUGUGUGUGGCAAAACUUACCGUCAUCUCUCAGCUUUCAAUGUACAUCGGAGAACUCACACAGGAGAGAAACCCUUUCAGUGUAUUGAAUGUGAGAAAUCUUUUCUUACAAAGUCGACUCUUAUUAAUCAUCAGAGGACUCACACAGGGGAAAAGCCCUAUGAAUGUAAUGCAUGUGGGAAGAGUUUCCGUCAUAAAUCUACCCUCACUACCCAUCUGAGAACUCACUCAGGAGAGAAACCUUAUAAAUGUUGUGAAUGUGGAAAAGCUUUCGGGCGGAAAUCAGCCCUUACAAAUCAUCAACGAAUUCACGUAGGUAGGAACCCUAUAGCAGAAAUGUGCUAUGUUUUUCCCAAUACCCAUUUCUCUUUCUUUAUGGUUACACAACUAGUCCAGAUUUGCUAGCCUGUCUUCCAUACACAUGAGGCCAUAUGACCUGUGACUCACAAUAUGGGCACAAAUUCCAAGCCUGUAAAAGACCUCAUUUGGAAUUUUUCCUACUUUCGUUUUUCUUUCCUUAUCAGGGGGUAAUGGAGAUAUCCUCAGGACAACGUGGAAGCUAGUCAUUAGAG